AUGUCGAUCUUCGAGUACAAUGGAAGUGCCGUAGUGGCUAUGGUGGGGAAGAACUGCUUCGCCAUCGCCAGUGAUCGGAGACUCGGUGUGCAGCUACAGACUAUCGCCACUGAUUUCAAGAGAAUCUCCAAGAUCCACGAUCGUGUCUUCAUCGGCCUUUCUGGCCUCGCCACCGAUGUCCAGACUCUGUACCAGCGCCUGGUGUUUCGUCAUAAGCUUUAUCAGCUCCGGGAAGAGAGAGACAUGAAGCCUGAGACUUUCGCAAGUCUUGUCUCCGCCAUUCUUUAUGAGAAGAGAUUUGGUCCAUACUUAUGCCAACCAGUGAUUGCUGGCUUGGGAGACGAUGACAAGCCCUUCAUUUGCACCAUGGACUCCAUUGGAGCUAAAGAGUUGGCUAAAGAUUUCGUUGUUUCUGGAACUGCUUCUGAAUCACUAUAUGGGGCUUGCGAGGCAAUGUACAAGCCAGACAUGGAAGCCGAGGAACUGUUUGAGACAAUUUCACAAGCACUUCUCUCGUCAGUUGACCGUGAUUGUCUGAGUGGUUGGGGAGGGCAUGUCUACGUUGUAACACCAACUGAAGUUAAAGAGAGGAUCCUAAAAGGAAGGAUGGAUUGA